CUUGCUUUGAUGCUCACCUCACUUUCUUAUCCUGUUUUUUUCUCCCCUUCUUCUUCUCUCUUUCUCUCUCACUUAUCAAUUACCAAUUAUCAUGCCCCCUCCCUUCCAUUAUUGCAAUGCCCAUUAAGGCACUGGCACUACUACUCCAAAAAACUCGAAAAAAUCUCCCUAAAGAAAGAAACUAUAGGCAUUAUUAUAUUGGGCAACAAUGCCUAAUUUAGCAAGUUGGAGUAGGGAGGAAGAGAAAGCGUUUGAGAACGCGAUUGCAACGUAUUCCAUCGACCAAUCAAAUGAGGAUGAUUGGGAUAAGGUUGCGGCCGUGGUUACUACCAAAACCAUUGAAGAGAUUAAGCAACACUAUGAGUUACUAGUUGAGGAUGUAGGUGCAAUUGAGGCAGGGAAAGUGCCACUUCCUAAGUAUGCAAGUGAGGAAACUAAUCAUCAUAAUAAUAGUAGUAAUAAUAAUGGUACAUUAUUGUCAACUUCCACCACUAGUAAGGAUGAUCAUAGCCCUUCGUUUUCAAAGGAACAAAAGGGUAACUCUAAUCAAGGAAAUGGCUACUCUGCUUUUGGUCCUUCCUCAAUGGGAAAUAGCACUAAAGCUAGCUCUAAAUUGGAACAAGAGCGUAAAAAAGGCAUCCCAUGGACUGAAGAAGAGCAUAGGUUGUUUUUACUUGGACUUGACAAAUUCGGGAAAGGCGAUUGGCGAAGCAUAUCUAGGAACUUUGUGAUAACAAGAACACCAACACAAGUAGCUAGCCAUGCUCAAAAAUAUUUUAUAAGGCUGAACUCAAUGAAUAGGGAUAGAAGAAGAUCUAGCAUUCAUGACAUUACAAGUGUGAAUGGAGGAGGAUUAUCACCAAAUCAAGUACCAAUUACAGGGCAACAAAACAAUAAUCCUGCGGCACCAGCAGUUGGAACAGCAGCAGCAGCAGCAGCAGCAGCAGCAAAUAAGCAUAGGGCUCCGCCUAAUGUAAAUGUAAAUAUGGCAGCUGCAGGUAUAGGAAUGUAUGGGACACAAAUGGGCCACCCAAUAAGUGCACCACCACCACCGCCUCAUCAUAUGGUAUCCGCUGUUGGGACUCCGGUUAUGCUUCCUCCUCCUGGUCAUCCUCAUCAUCACCACCACCAUCACCACCCUCCUCAUUAUGCUGUUCCGGUUGCUUAUCCUGUUCCGCCACCACCAAUGCAUCGAUAACAGUCCCAAGGCCAUGUCCGGCCUGUUGCAGUGUUGAUGCUGAAACCCAUAAUAGGCAAGUGAUCGGAUCUUGGCUCAUUGGUUAAGACCUCAAUGUGAUCGUUCGAUCAGCAUCUCCUUCGUGAAUUUGACAUCACUGAUACAACCCUUGACUUCAUAUUUGGUAUCUGGGUAGUUGUAUCUUGAAGCAAUUUCCAGAAGGAAGAGGUUCUCCGUUCUUCGGAUGAUAAUUGGUUGCCCCUUUACCAUUACCAAAAAAAAAAAAAAAACAA